AUGGAACACUACAAUAAUCUUGGUGAAGUUGUCUAUAGUGAGAAGGUCAAGCAUUGGCGUUUCAGAGUGAAAAUCAUAAGGAUCUAUCCUUUCUAUUCCUAUGUUACAUGCAAAGGACCACACCAUGUUUAUGUCCUAGAAGAUGAACAUGCAAAUGUUGGCCGUGCCCAUUCAGGUUUCAAGGUAACAAAAUCAAAAUUUACACUAACUGCUACUGGCGAUACCCAAAUCCACAUCAUCGAUCCUCUGAACAAUCAGCUUUACUUUGAGUUCAAAGGCAUUCAUGAAAUCCCUCACAUGAGCUACAAGGAGAUAAAUUUUCCCAUAGUGGUCUUUAAGACGAAAGCCCAUUUUGAUGAUCCUGAAGGACCAAAGAUGGUGUUUUACAUAAGGGACAACAUUGAGAGUCAGAUAAAAUGUGUAGCAACUAGGAAACAUGCUUAUGCCUUCCGGGAAGGGUUUGAAAACAUGGGAGGUUCUCGACAUGUGAUUGUGGUCCUUAAGAUGUGGAGGAAGAAUGGCUUCAGACCGAGAGGAACUUAUCUGACUUCAGGUUCACUCCGCGCUUACCAGAGGUAG